CUUCCUUCUCCUCUUCCCUCUCCUUCUCUUCCCUCUCCUCUUCCUCCUCCCUCUCCUCCUCCUCCCCCUUCUCCCCGAUGCAACUUUGAAAAGCUCAGGUCAGACGCCGGCUGGAAAACUCCCCUUCCCUCUCCUCCUCCUCCUCCUCUUCCCUCUCCUCCUCCUCCCCGAUGCAACUUUGAAAAGCUCAGGUCCACCCCGACAGCUCUUCGGUCGACCUUGGAACGGGGAAAGCGAGAAUGGAAGAGUCGUGGUGGGAAGGUCUUCUUGCAUCGGAUAUCCACUCCGCACUGAGAGGGAAGGAGCUGAAGUUGCCCGUGUACAGAGCCCGCUCCCCGCUUAUUGGGAUGCGCCGCUAUUUUGCCGACCUCUUGGCUCUGCUCAGCAAUCACUGCCAGCUAUGCCCCACAGCUCGGCACCUGGCAGUCUACUUGCUAGACCUCUUCAUGGAUCACUACGACGUGACAACCAAGCAGCUGCACACCGUGGCCAUGGCCUGUCUCUUGCUCGCAAGCAAAUUUGAAGAGAAGGAGGACAAAGUGCCGAAGCUGGAGCAGAUGAACAGCCUGGGCUUCAUGUGCAGCCACCACCUCAUGCUGAGCAAGAAGGAUCUCCUGCAGACCGAGCUGCUGCUCCUGGAGGCGUUCGGCUGGAACCUGUGCCUGCCCACCCCAGCCCACUACAUUGACUACUACCUCAUGGCCUCUGUCAGCAAAAAAGACCUCUGCAACGGCUGGCCCAUCACCUCCGUCGCCAAAACCAAAGCGUUCCUGGAGAAGUACACCCACUAUUUCCUCGAGGUCUCCCUUCAAGAUCACAUUUUCCUCAGCUUCCCUCCAUCCCUGGUGGCCGCCGCCUGCGUUGGAGCCUCUCGAGUCUGCCUACAGAUUUCCCCGUCCUGGACACAAGACCUUGAAAGAAUAACAAACUACUCCUGGGACCAUCUCAACUCUUGCGCUGAUAUGAUGCUCGCGGCCUAUGAGAGUGACAUCAAAGAGGCAAGCAAAGCGAAGAGCCAGCCCGGGGGCCUGCAGCCCCAGAUGGUGCUGUCGAGCCCGCACCAGCCUCCGACGCAAGUGCUGUUCCAGCAGCCCCCCUACCCGCCGCUGGCCCAACAGCCGGCCACCCUGUCCCAGUUCCAGGGCCCCGUCCAGGACCUGUGCUCAGCCUACCGUGACUCCCUGCAGACCCACAGGUCCCGGGGCCUCAUCUCGGGGAGCACCGGCACCAGCACCUCCUUGCACUCUUACUCCGCUCUGCCAGCCGGGAUACAGCCCGCGCUGCGGACUCUACCCCUCCAGGGCCCGAUCACCAUGCAGGUCACCAUCGCCGCCGAGCCCAGGCACUGCCUCUCCUUGAGCUACGGGGGCAGCUAUUUCAGCGGACACCACUCUUACCCCACAGGAUGUUUUGACAGAUGAUAGACUAGCAAGAGGACAAAAUAUCGAAGAUCUGGGUCUGGACCGAGGGGGAGGGAGGGAAGAGGGCUCUGGAGGUGAAUAAAUAGAGUGCUGACUAUCUGAUAAUAAGUGUGAGAGAAUUGAUGACUCUUGCAGGGGAGGGAGGCACGGGGAGAGGGAGGGAGGGAGCCCUCCUCCGGACUGAAAAAGGGGAAUACGUAGAAUCACCGAGUAUUGGAAUUUUGCCCUUCUACAAACAUGGAGACUUGGAAAAGAGUGACGAAGAUUGCAAUGACAUACCUCACCAAGAACGUUCCUCUCUAGAGCGACUCUUGCGAACCGUCGGCCGAGGGGGCGGGUUUGCCAGCGCCUUCCGGACCCUGGACUCCGUUUCAUCAAGGUGACUCAGCGUCGAUGGACAGAUGCCCUGGGACGGAGGGGCUUUUGGUUCAAGAACAUUUUCAGUUUUAGCAUUGAAGGGAUUCUGAUGCUCAUGGCAGCUAUGUCACUGUAAACCACUGUUGGAAAGGAUUUUUAUACUGAAGUUUCCUUGAUCCCCUUUGGGAAGGCCAAGGAAAAAUGGUGCUGUCCUAUCCUGGACAUAAAAUCACAGAGCGCAAAAGCUAUAUUUAAAGAACAAAAACACAAAGACACAUCGCAUUGCCUGACUUGCGGCCGGGUGGAAGAUCUUGGUCUCUAUGCCUUUGUCAAGCUAAAAUUUAACUCUGCCUUUCGAUUUCUAAGACUGAGAUGCUGCUGUCUCCUUAAGUGACUUAGCUUUUGUUCAGUAAGAUUUCUUGUUUACAAGCUGUAUCAGGGAUUUACUAUUACUUGAAGAAUUCUGAGGAUAAUUUUUAUAUAUGUUGGAGGGCUCCCUGUCCCCUUCCACUAAGUAUUUUGGACUUACUGUGUCUCACGUCCUACCUAGUAAAAAUUGAUGACGAAAAUUGUUUUUAGUAAGAAGAAAAAGGGAACCUAAUGUGAAGUUAGGAAGUGUCACUUUCUCCUGAGCUUGCAGUACCAGAUGGCUCAUACAUUUGUGUUUUAAACCUUGUUAACCUUUCAACUCCCCCUGUAAGUAGCUGUAACAGAGAGAUGGUUGAACAGUAGCAAAAGGAGGCUAAUCUUUUUCUUCCUCAUUCAGUGGCUUGGUUAAAGUGUGGCAGAAUUUGGGUGUUUUGUGUUGGUGGGUUGUUUUUUUUAUCGCCAUAACUGAACGGCAGGAUAACUUGGGAGAAUGGUAAAAAUUCAUAUUGGGUUAGGAUGGAAAAUGAAACACUUGAUAUGUAAGCAAUUGGUAAGAUUGAAAGCCAGUAUUUGAGGUGUCUGCAGCUAAAGGGUUCUCAGGAUGACAAAGUAUAAACAAGGUGCAAUAUGUUUUUACUCUGACUUUGUGGCACAGUCUCUGUGGUUGGGGUUUCUGUUUUUUUGUGUGUUGUUUUUUUUUGCAUUGGGCAACUUUGUGAUAUUUUUAAGAGAAUUGUUUUAAGCAAGGAAUCCGUGGCUUAAAACAAAACAGUUUUCUAAGGCUGCAGUAAACUGAACCUCCUUUACAAUGUUGUAUUUUGCAACCAGGAGCUCUAUUAAAUUUGAAGAUGCUAGUGCCCUUACUGUUAGAAGGUGAAGUUCAACAGAAUCACAGACACAAAUCUGAAAAGCAAAGGAAACCUUACAACUUUCGAAGGUAAACAGGCUGCCAUUUCUCAAACAAAAAUAGCUUUAGGAAACUUAGCAUUUAGUGUUUUUUUAAUUAUUAUUAUUCUGUCUUAUUUGUAUUUAUGUGUUUGGACUCCUUGCUGUUAUACUUAAUGCCUGCUGCAACACACGAGCCACUGAGGCUGGCAUAUAUUGAGAGUUAUGUGGAGUCCCUGUUUGAACAUCUUACAGCAGGCCUUGUUCACCCUCCUUUGGGUAAACUGUGUCCAAGUUGGUACCCGCUGCUAUCCUAUGCAGGAUGUUCCCCAAUAAACAGAUAACCCAUGUU